CGCGGCGGUAGCCGGGGGGCUGGCGGGCUUUGGCGGUGCGGCUGCCACGGUUGUCGCGCGGCCCUGCGAGAGCCCCCCCACGCACACACACACACACGCCCUUCCUGCAGCAGCCCCGGCGAAGCGGCCUCGGCGCCCGUCGCGUUGCGGGGGGCGGGCGGUGCGUGCGCCGCUGCCCGAGGUCGCGGGCGGCGGAGGGGGGCGGUCUGCCUGCCUGCCUGCCUGCCUGCCGGCUUCCUUCGCUCCCUGCGGCACCAUGAAAGCCGUGAGCCCCGUCCGGCACCCGAGCCGCAAGGCGCAGCCCGGCGGGGCGGGCGGCGGCGGGGGGCACCCGGCCCUGCGGUGCCUGGCCGAGCACAGCGGCUGCAAGGGGAGCCCGCCGUCGGGCGAGGAGCCGGCGGCGCUGUGCCUGCAGUGCGAUAUGAAUGACUGUUACAGCCGGCUGAGGAAGCUGGUGCCCACCAUCCCGCCCAACAAGCGGGUCAGCAAAGUGGAGAUCCUGCAGCAUGUCAUCGACUACAUCCUCGACCUGCAGCUGGCUCUGGAGACGCACCCGGCGCUGCUCCGGCAGCAGCAGCCGCCGCCGCCGCCCGCGCUGCACCCGGGCACCUGCCCCGCCAGCACCCCCAGGACCCCGCUGACAGCCCUCAACACCGACCCGGUAAGAGGUGUGCGGCCGCGCCGCGCCGCCGAGAGCCGGAGAGGCACCGCGGGGGGCGGCCGCGCCGGGCCGCGGCCCCCGGCGCGCACGGCCCGGACCCGCUCCCGUGCUUCACCCCGAGGGAGCCCGCCCGCCACCGUUUUGCACGUCCGUAGCGCCCCCCCCUCCCCAUUUCCUUAAAAAAAAAAAAAAAAAAAAAAAAAAAAAAAAUCCCGGCUCUUCUCUCCGUUCUCUGCCCGCCGGGACUCGUGCGUGCCGCUGUCGGUGGGUCAGACGUGCGCAGAGGAGUCCGCGCUCCCGCCGCGGGGCGGAAGAUCCGGCGUAACCCCCUCCCCCCCAGACUUUAGAAGUGUUAACUGUAAGGGACCGAGCAGCUGCGUUUUGAAGCUUUACUAAUCUACCAGAGCAUUGUAGAUAUAUUUCGCAUCUAUUGUUUAAAAUAGAUGAUUUUAUUGGGGCCCAGGGAACUUUCUUCUCCCUGCAGGAAUGUUACAUAUUGUAUAGAUGAAUAAGUGACAUUUCAUACUGUGUAUAUAUAGAGAUGUUCUAUAAGUGUGAGAAAAGUAUAUGCUUUAAUAGACUACUGUAAUUAUAAAAUAUUUUUAAUUAAAUAUUUUUUGUAAAUAUUAUAAAGGUGUGUAUGUUUUUUUUUUAAUCUGUGGGGAUGUCUCUUUAGAAAACUACUUACAGCUCAAGCACAGAGCUGUUAAUAUGAAAAUAUCCUGAAUGUUGAGGGAUUUUUUUUCCUUUUUUUUUUUUUUUUUUUGGUCCCCAAAUGUCCUUUAGAUUUGGAAGUUACAGCUAUAGCUAGUGGUCCUGCAUGAUUGCAUGAGAUGUCUAAUUGCAAAUAAACUUGUUCUGAGUCCAUACAAACGUGUUUUCUUUGAUCUAGAUUUAAAAUGUUUGUAAAUGUAUUAUAAAUUUUGAGACUACACUUUUUGUCAUUUAGGCACAGGGGUUUUUAGUGAAUUCUAUAAGAGUAGCAUUAAGAUGUGCUUUUUUACUGAGAAUAGAAAAACAGAAUCUAUCUACUUUUUGCAUUAUGGGGCAAUGCUUUAGAUCUUUAAUCAGCUUUUUUAAAAUCUGCUGUUGCAUCAAAUCAAGGAAUUUGUUCUGAACUUCAUUUAGCACCAAAAGGUUUUAUUGCAAACUUGCAUUCUUAUAGCCUAUUAAUUGCUUAAAAAGUGAAAACAGUUGUCUGCUUGCAACCAAAGGGCAAACCAUUAACAAAAACAGUAACUGUCUCCUUCGUCCAAAGAAUAUUAAUAUGGGACUGUGGAAAAGCACAUGGGCAAAGUCAUUAUGAUCAGUGGUGUAAAUCCAUCUUAAAAUGAACUUAAGUAGACCAAAAAUCAGAUAAGUGCGUCAAGAUUAUUUUUCUAGUACAAAAUGAUUUUCAUUUCACUGCAGCUAUGUUACAGUUAAAAUCCUGUUUAAUCUCUGUGAUGUGUAACUACUACAUGUGAACAUUAAACUAGAUUUACCUGA